ACCCGGAAAAAGAAAUACGUCAAUAACGACAGCUGUCAGAUGCUACUGACUGUAUUGUGGUUUAUAAAUGCUAUUUAAUAGGUUUUUGCCGCCAGUAGCAUCUCAUAUUGUCAAGAUCUCUGUGAAAAGUUUCUCUUUCCAUCCUGUGCGGUCAGCUUGCUGCAGCGUCCCCACUCAGCAGUGGGGAAACAUGUCAUCCAGGUGUAAAAAGAGGAAAGGGUCGCCUCAGACGGCUGCAGAGCAGAACAGCCAGGAGAAGCAACUGCAAGCUCAUCAAAACAGCAAGGAGGAAGGGUUCAGGAUGAUGAAGAAGAAGAAGCUGCUGGUGGACGUGGACUGUGGCGUGGACGACGCUCAGGCCAUCAUGCUGGGGCUGGCCGACCCCAAUGUGGAGAUCCUGGGCAUCACCUGCGUGCACGGGAACACCACGGUGGAGAACGUGUGCAAGAACGUUCUGCGGGUUCUCCAGGCCUGCAAAAAGCUGGAGAUUCCGGUGUUUAAAGGUGCUGCUAAGUCCAUCCUUGGCAUCACAGUCGGCGAUGGAAGCUUCCACGGUCAGGAUGGCCUCGGAGACGCCCCCGACGCCGGCGCUCCUAGUCUGGACCUGAUUCAGGAGGAGAACGCCGUGUCAGCCAUAGUCCGGAUUGUUAAUGAGAACCUUGGAGAGGUGUCGUUGGUUGCCACGGCGCCCCUCACCAACCUGGCUCUGGCUGUGAGGAUGGAUCCGACUCUGCCGGCCAAACUCAAAGGACUCUACAUCAUGGGAGGGAACACUGAGUCGCGAGGGAACACCACAGUGUGUAGCGAGUUUAAUUUUGCAGCUGAUCCAGAGGCAGCAUACGUCGUUCUGAAUGAUUACCAGUGUGAAACUUACCUGGCGUGCUGGGAGUUCACCUGCUACAGCCAGCUGCCAUGGGACUUCUGUGACGUCUGGUUGGGUCAGGACAGCGACAAAGCUCGCUUCAUGGCCAAGAUCUUCCGCCAUAGUAUGGAGGAGGCCAAGAAAGACAGCGGCUGCCUGGGAUUCACGGGCUUCGUUUCCUGUGACUCGUACGCCAUGGCGGCCGCGCUGGACGACUCGUUCGUCACGGAAAGCGAUUGUUAUCCAGUCAGUGUUGAGCUGACAGGAACUCACACCAGAGGAAUGAUGAUAGUGGACGCUCUAGGGCUGCUAAAGAAGACACACAAAGCGUGUAUUAUGAAGAAGGUGGACAUGGAGAAAUUUAGAAAGAUGAUGAUGGCAGCUUUGAAAUGACCUGAGUGAAGUUGGCCUCCCCACCUUCUUCAAAUCAGACAAAAUUGGUGUCAAACGUUUGUGCUACGUUUGUGCAGCAAAAAUUUUCGU